UGGCCUACAGAGAAGCUCUCAAAACUCCAAUUUAACUCUCUCCAUGAAUUAAAGAGCAGAAAUAUCGAUGUUUUUUAAAGAAAUUUUUGUCAAUUCCACUUCGGGUUUCCCAAAGUUCAUUGAGAAUCUGUUCUUUUUGCCGGAAAAAAGUGAUCUGAUAUAACUGUAUUCACUUCAAUCCAUCUAUCUUCUCGUCCUGUUUGUUCUAGUCUCCCAAAAAAGUGCCAAAAGAUUGAACAUUUAUUACGAAGGGUGUUCAAACUUAAGACAGAGAAGAAGCCGUUGGCAUUUGAGGGGCAAAGAGCUGUUGGAAACAUUAACUCUGUCUUUAAAGUUCUGGUUUCCUUAAUUUGUACGAGUGAGUUUGAUUUCUUCAGUAGCUGGAUCAAAUCCCAUUUCUGCAUAAAAGAAAAGGCCGGGAAAACGCCACCCGGUACCUCGCUUUUGGUGUUCUCCUAAGCUUCGUGGCUCAAAGCAAGGUUCAACCUUGAUUUAUGCCAAAGCUUGGGUUUUGUUGUCCAAAAACUUCUGUUUAGUGUAUUUUGGGUGUUUUAGGUUGAAAUGGGAAGUACCUUUUUCAUCCUUGUUGUUGAUUCAAGUGUUCAUAUGGUAUGUAGUUUAAGAGAGUGUUGAAGAUUUGGAGGGAACAAAUUGCAAUUUCUUUGAAGUCAAAUAUGCUGGUUUUAGUGUUAAUAUGAUGCAAGAUCAGUUAGUUGCUCUUGAAGAUUUAGUGGGAUAGGUUAAUGAGAUAGGGUUUUGGUGGUGGGAAAAGGGCUUUGAAGGGUUCAUUAGGAUUGUUUAAAAAUGGUGGAAGAUGAAAAAGAAAUGAGAUCAUUGGCAUUGACGCCAACAUGGUCUGUUGCUACUGUUUUGACAAUCUUUGUUGUGGUAUCUUUGAUCGUUGAGCGCUCGAUUCACCGCUUAAGCAAGUGGUUAAGGAAAACUAAUCGGAAACCUCUGCUUGCCGCAGUGGAGAAGAUGAAAGAAGAGUUAAUGCUGCUUGGUUUCAUAUCGCUCCUUCUAAUAGCAACCUCGAGUAUAAUAGCCAAUAUUUGCAUCCCGUCAAAGUUCUACAAUAGUACCUUUGCACCAUGCACCAGGUCCGAGAUCGAUGAAGAACUUGAAGAUGAUCCUUCCAAGGAGCGUAAGCUUUUGAUGGCUUCUGAUUUUCGCUUAUUUAGGAGAAUGUUGAAUGGCAUGAACCGGAAUACCUGCAAAGAGGGUCAUGAGCCUUUUGUUUCGUACGAAGGUCUCGAACAGUUGCAUCGCUUCAUUUUUGUCAUGGCAAUCACACAUGUAUCAUACAGUUGCUUAACAAUGUUACUUGCAAUUGUGAAGAUUCAUAGUUGGAGAGCUUGGGAGGAUGAAGCUCGUAUGGAUCGACACGAGAUACUAAAUGAAAAAGCAAGAGAGUCGAUAAUGCGAAGACAAGCAACUUUUGUCAUAAGCCACACAUCGAACCCUUGGACCAAAAACAGUCUUCUUAUCUGGGUGAAAUGUUUCUUCCAGCAAUUCGGGUAUUCGGUUGUUCGUGCUGACUAUCUCACUCUCCGUAAAGGCUUCAUCAUGAAUCACAAUCUGACGUCAAAGUACGAUUUUCAUAGCUAUAUGAUUCGUUCCAUGGAGGAAGAAUUUCAACGGAUUGUUGGUGUUAGCGGUCCACUCUGGGGAUUUGUUGUUGCCUUUAUGCUGUUCAAUGUGAAAGGGUCUAAUCUAUAUUUCUGGAUAGCAAUCAUUCCCAUUGCACUUGUUCUCCUCGUGGGUGCAAAGCUACAGCAUGUCAUCGCAACUUUGGUGCUGGAAACGGCUAAUCUUACUGGCUCUUUUAGCCGACCGAAGCUGAGGCCUCGGGACGAACUUUUCUGGUUUAAGAAGCCGGAAUGGUUGCUAUCCCUUAUCCAUUUCAUCCUAUUCCAGAAUGCAUUCGAACUGGCUUCGUUUUUUUGGUUCUGGUGGCAGUUUGGUUAUGAUUCAUGCUUCAUCCAUAACCAUACGCUUGUUUACAUACGACUUGUUUUGGGGUUCGCCGGGCAAUUUAUCUGUAGCUACAUCACUCUUCCACUCUAUGCUUUGGUCACUCAGAUGGGAACAAACUAUAAGGCAGCACUAAUUCCGCAAAGGAUACGGGAGACGAUCCACGGAUGGGGUAAGGCGGCAAGGAGAAAGAGGAGGCUCGGACGUUUCACCGACGAUUCAACCAUACAUACGGACACGAGUACGGUAAUGUCGCUAGAGGAAGAUGACCACGAGCUGAUCGAUAUUCACGAAGACAGCAACGGCACAUACACCGAGGUAGAGUUGCAACCGCCACCGAAUGUUGCCGCAUCAACCCCUUCCCCGGUGUUCGCUAAUGAAACUUCUAGCCGGGUCGGUACACCUCUACUUAGACCGUCGUCUUCUAUUUCCGCGACGACCAUCUCUAGUUUACGGAAGGAAGAUUACCAAAGAUCAUCUUCCAUGCCUGUUAGAGGAUAAUGACACAAAACUACGACAGAUGUGUUGUAACGAUUUUAGGUAUAGGGUUAAAAGACAAUAACAAAAUAAUAAUUCCUAGGAUAUACUAUCAUAGUUUAUGUUAUUCGGACUUUUCAUUUUUCGU